AGGGUGCUCCGGGGCAAGGAGAAGAACGGAAGCAAGCGCGCGGUCCUCUGGGAGUUGUAGUUCGAAGCCCAUCUGCGCGGUGCGGCCCUGGCCUUUGUCCUACAGUCUAGCCAACUGAAGCUGAUGUUCCCGCGAAGACUCCGGAGGAGGAGGGAAUGACCGCUGGGCUCCGCACCGCCAGGGCCCAGGAGCAAGUGACUUUUGAGGACGUGGUUGUGGACUUCACCCAGGAGGAGUGGGGGCAACUGGAACCCCCCCAGAGGACCCUGUACCGCGAUGUGAUGCUGGAGACCUUUGGGCUCCUGGUCUCUGUGGGACAUUGGUUUCCGAAGCCGGAUGUCAUCUCCCUGCUGGAGCAGGAGGCAGAACCGUGGGCAGUGGACUCCAACAUUCCCCAAGGCGUGGGUCCAGACUUGGAAACCACACCUGAAAACAAAUUGUCAGCUCCAAAGCAAGUCAUCACUGAAGAAAUAUCCAACAGCGUUGUCCUGGUAGAAAGGUUCUUGUGGGAUGGUCUGUGGUUCUCCAAGGGUGAGGACACCAAGGGCCAAUGUGAAUGGAGCUGUGAGAGCCCAGGGAGUCGUGUGGUGCAGGCAGCCACCACACCUCUGAAGACAUCCACUCAGGAGCAGCGGCAGGGGAAUGAGUUUGUAGAAAACUUGCAUUUGAACCCCAGUCUCCCAAAUCAACUAAUGACUCCCGUAAGACGGGGCCCUCACACGGAGGGAACACAUAGAAAGAGGGAAAAGCCAGACUCAAAUGCUCAACAGAAAUCCUGUGCAAAAGAGAAACCCUACAAAUGUGAGGAGUGUGGAAAGGCCUUUAGUCACAGCUCAGCACUCAUUGAACACCACCGCACACACACAGGUGAGAGACCUUAUGAAUGUCAUGAAUGCAGGAAAGGUUUCCGGAACAGCUCAGCACUUACCAAACACCAGAGAAUCCACACUGGGGAGAAACCCUAUAAAUGCACUCAGUGUGGGAGGACUUUCAAUCAAAUUGCCCCACUGAUCCAGCACCAGAGAACUCACACAGGCGAGAAGCCCUAUGAGUGCAGCGAAUGUGGGAAGUCCUUCAGUUUUAGGUCCUCCUUCAGUCAACAUGAGCGGACUCACACAGGUGAGAAGCCCUAUGAGUGCAGCGAGUGUGGGAAAGCUUUCCGGCAGAGUAUCCACCUCACCCAGCACCUGCGGAUCCACACUGGGGAGAAACCCUACCAGUGUGGAGAGUGCGGCAAGGCCUUCAGCCACAGCUCAUCCCUGACCAAACACCAGCGAAUCCACACUGGAGAGAAGCCCUAUGAGUGCCACCAGUGCGGAAAAGCCUUCACCCAGAUCACGCCACUGAUUCAGCAUCAAAGAACACACACAGGGGAGAAACCUUACGAGUGCAACGAGUGUGGGAAAGCCUUCAGCCAGAGUACACUCCUGACUGAGCACCGGAGGAUUCACACAGGAGAGAAGCCCUAUGGAUGCAAUGAGUGUGGGAAAACCUUCAGCCACAGCUCCUCGCUCAGCCAGCAUGAGCGGACGCACACAGGAGAGAAGCCCUACGAGUGCAGUCAGUGUGGGAAGGCCUUCCGGCAGAGCACACACCUCACUCAGCACCAGAGAAUCCACACAGGGGAGAAACCCUAUGAGUGUAGCGACUGCGGCAAGGCCUUCAGCCACAGCUCAUCACUGACCAAACAUCAGCGAAUCCACACUGGGGAGAAGCCCUAUGAAUGUAAUGAGUGUGGCAGAGCCUUCAGCCAACUUGCUCCCCUCAUUCAGCAUCAGAGGAUCCACACAGGAGAGAAGCCCUAUGAGUGCACUGAGUGUGGCAGAGCCUUCAGCCAGAGCUCCCUUCUCAUAGAACACCAGAGGAUCCACACAAAGGAAAAGCCCUAUGGGUGCAAUGAAUGUGGGAAAUCCUUCAGUCACAGCUCAUCGCUCAGCCAGCAUGAAAGGACACACACUGGGGAAAAGCCCUAUGAAUGUCAGGAUUGUGGAAAGACCUUCAGGCAGAGCACUCAUCUCACUCAGCACCGGAGGAUCCACACAGGAGAGAAGCCGUAUGAGUGCAGGGACUGUGGGAAGGCCUUUACACACAGCUCCUCCCUCACCAAGCACCAGAGAACUCAUACUGGCUAGACCCACUCCACGUGUGCUGGGGACGUAGGAAAGCCUUAAGCCAUAUAGCUCACCCCUUUCUAGAUGUGAGAAACACCACCAACAUAUUUAUACACAGGCCCUCACACAUAACACACUCCUCAGACACCCUCAGAGAAUUCACACUGACAGAAAAGACUGGGACUACUGAGCUCUAGUCAUCCAUCCCCAGAUCCAAACAGUAGGGAAGUGUGGAGAUAAUCAGCAUUGAGGACCUUCAACCUUGAGUGCCCAUUAGUGCUACAUUACAGUGCCUACACAAGAGAAAUGGAACAAAGGGGGUGGAUCUGGGGAUAGUCUCUGUCCAAGGAUUCAGCAUAUUCUAAACCAGAGAUUUUCAAAGUGGCGAGGAACCCAGCAAAUGCCUUUCAUAUAAAAACCAAUUGAACUCAAAA